AUGAAGCUCGUCAGGUUCUUGAUGAAGCUGAACAACGAAACGGUGACCAUCGAGCUCAAGAACGGCACCGUCGUACACGGAACCAUUACCGGUGUUGACAUCAGCAUGAAUACUCAUCUGAAGACUGUAAAGCUGACGCUAAAAGGGAAAAAUCCUGUUACCCUUGAUCACCUUAGUGUGAGGGGAAACAACAUCCGCUAUUAUAUCCUUCCUGACAGCCUAAAUCUGGAGACUUUGCUGGUUGAGGAAACACCAAGGGUCAAGCCUAAGAAGCCUACUUCUGAAAAGGUUGCACUAUUCUCUAAUCGCAGAUGUUCUAUGCCUUACAUUCCCAAUGUAUUUGACAUUAUCAGCGCCGAGAUCAUUCUCUAG